AUGUACACUACCGGACGUUUGACGGUUCUAUGAUACGUCAUCCCGGGAAUUGCAGCUAUCUGUUGUCGGAGCAUAACGACACAGAGGAUUCUUCGUGUAACUACAGGAUCAGUGUCAACAAUGAAUCUGGGGUGAAAGGAGGGCCUGUCAUGAUUAAGUCCGUAUUAUUCGAAAUAUAUGGUCAAACCGUGUUUCUGAAAGGAGAUGAUGUUAUGGUGGACGAAUUGCACACGGACCUACCGUACAAGAGUGAGACAGGGGCCUUGAGGAUAUCUAGAAGUGGAAUAUACACGCUGGUAGAGACUGACUGCCACGUCACUGUUCAGUGGAGCGGCAAGGCUACAGUGCUGGUAGAGGUUCCGUCCGGAUACAGCCCUAGACUAAGUGGCAUGUGCGGUAACUGUAACGAUCAGCAUGAUGACUACUUUACUCGGAAUGGUACUGAUGUGUCUGAAUCUACCAACAGAGAUAAUGAGAUCGGAAACAGUUACGUGAUACCUACCAUGGUGGAUGGGAAGCCAACAUUCUGCCACGUAGACACACCUUAAACCGUGUAAAGUUCAACAAAGAAAAACAGUCGAUAGUCGUGGUCGAUGUGGUCAACUUCACCCUGACGUCAAACGUUCUAAGUUCCUCAAGUGCAUCAAGGCAGACCCGCUUCUGGCAAAACAAAUGUACAAUGUCUGUGUUGAAGAUUACUGUGAUAGCUUUAAGAACAGAAAAGUCCGAGAUCAGGUGUUAUGUAACGUGUUAGAGGGAUACGCAGCAUGGUGCAGCAGGAUGAACAAAUUGGCGAGAUGGAGAACGAGAAUGUGCAAAAAAAGCAUGAACUGCCCCAAACAAUCUGUGUACCGACCCGUUACCAAAGGGUGUGCAAACACGUGUGUUGACCAGAAAGGAGCACGUGGCUGCAAACGACCCAAAGUAGACGGAUGUGUGUGCAAACGCGGGUUUAUCGCAAGUGGAGACACCUGUGUCCGUAAGAGAGACUGUGGAUGUCUGGAAAACGGCAGAUAUUACAAGCUUGACUCCAUUCGUCGUACAAGUGACUGUACUAGAGUGGAGAAAUGUGUCAAGAGAGGAAACACUGCCAGAUUUGAGACUAUAGACUCGGGGGAGGGCUGUAAUAAAUGGGCAACAUGUAAAGUAACCGAUGGGUUUUACAACUGUGUUUGUGAGCCUGGCUUCACUGGAGAUGGAUACAACAAAUGCACACCUGAGACAACCUGCGAUGUAGCGGAAUCCACCGAAGACUGUGUGGCGACUGUGAAACUCACUGGGCGAUGUAUCUUCAAAUCGAAGCACAAUAAUAAAUGCAAUUAUUUUGUCUACACCACGAGGGCCCAGACGUAUAUCCACUUUGCCGGGCGGUAUGGUCACGUGACACUGAAGCCGGGAAAAGAAACUCUCAAGGACUGUGCCUCAUUUUCGCUGGAUCACGGAAAUGCCACGGUCACUAUCAAAGAGCCUGUCUGUGAUUGUCCUCCAGGUCACUAAGCUCAUGAAUUUGUGAAACAUUGAAUUGCGGAACGAAUUAACAUACAUGCAAUAAAAUGUCAUUAAAGUGA